GGGCAUCACAAUCGAGAGAAAACUCUGAUUCUUAUGAUUCUACAGAGUAGUACUCGACUUGCUGCACUUGCCUACUCCGUUUGCGCUCGCAUCCAAGACAAGAGUGCCAAUCGUUCUUCUGGUAUUCAUUUUCACUCAACCCUUCCUCUACACUGCACUCCAAGGUUAACUGUUUGUGAUGGAGGACGGGGAUACCAUUCUGGAUGCCAUAUUCGAGGGGGACAACUUAGAUGAUUUGGAUGACGACGUUGACAUGGUUGAUGUUGAAGAAGGAGAGUUAGUGGAGCCUGAAACCCAAAAUGAUUUGGAACAAAGCAGUGCUGGAGAUAUCAAUGAAGCAAAUCAAGAACCUCAGAGUAAAAACCGCAAGCGUAGAGCUAACAAGAAGAAGAAUAAGAAGAAGAGGAAGGGUUCGGUAUCUAACGCCAUGGACAUAGACAGAUUUGUGUUAGAUACUUGUCGACGGCUUAAAGAGAAAAAGACAUACAUGGUAUACACUGCUGUAGGUUGCCUUGGGGUCUCUGCAUUAAGCGAUCUCAUCAAAGAGGUGGAUGCAAUACAGGUUUGUGGAGGCCAGAAAACUGCUGAUGGUAGACGAUUCCGGAAUGGGGGUGGCAUAUUGUGGAGCAUCUUAAAAGUUAGGGAACCAAAUGUCUACAAAGAGAUAAUGAAAAAGGCAAGGGAGUUUGAGAAACAAUUCAGGCAGCCUAAUGUGAAGCAACGACCUGUGCUGAAGAAAGAGGAUUCUUUUCAAGGAGUGCCCUUUUCAUUUUCUGGCAGGGAUAAAGACAAUGUUUCGGACAGUGGUAUUCUUGCAUCCCAAAUUCCAAAUCAACAUGAACCAGCAACUUCUGAAGAAAAACCUGUCUCUGUUCAUGAUAGGUUAAGGGUACCGGUAUCAUAUGAUGACGAUCUGCUUGGACAUAAUCCAAACAAUGAAGCAACCUGACUCUGGAAGUAAAGUGGCCUUAUCACUUGACAAGUUUUUCUUCCCUCUUGGAUGGAGGUUUACCGAUAUACCACAUUCCCCUUCUUUUCCAUUUCGUUCUCCCCGUACUUCUCGUUUUUAUUUUUUCGCUUUUGUGAAACGAGAUCUCGGUUGGAGCUUUGUUUCAUUUUGAUUUUUUAUUGCUGAAGGAAAUCUGGCAUUUUUGUUUGAAAGAGGUCUUGAUUUAAUUUGCCUUUCUGCUUUCUAAUGUAGUUAUGAGGACAAAAAUAAAAAACAAGAACCUAAAAAUGGAAAGAAAGAAAAAGGAUAUUUACUGGUGGAUGUGUUGU